UCACCGAUGCCGAUCAAGCACUUGGAUACCUAUCUAUCCGACAAGAAGCUUCUCCAGACACACCCACUGAGCGUGCUCUCCGACUCACGCCUUGGUAUCGACGCGGCGUACUACUUGCAAACACUCUAUGAUCAUCCACCGUCACGCGAGCCGCUGCUAGCUGCUACAGGCGGCCAGCCGCUUGCGCUUGCGCUUCAGAUUGAGACUGACCUGCGCGCACUGGAGCGCCUACGCAUCAAGCCCGUAUUCGUGUUCCCUGGACUCGUGCCCAACAAGCGCUUGCGACACCAGCAGCUCAACGUCGAGCAAGCCGACGCGUGCCGUGACCGCCGCGAGGCAUGGCAGAAGUACGAGGCGGGCCAGGAGGAGGCCGCCACGAAACUGUUUGAAGCAAGGAGUGGGCUCUCGCAUUGGGAUUUGUGGAGGGCCGUGCUCAGGCUUUUUAGGACUCGAAAUGUAGAAUUCAUCGUUGCGCCAUAUAUUGCGUGGGCCCAACUUGUAUACCUGCAACGGCACUCAAAAUCUUAUAUCCACGCCAUUUACGGGCCGACGGACGCAUUGCUUUGUCCUGGCAUCGACAAGAUCAUCACUUCCAUUGACCUCUUAUCUCCCUCGCCGUCUUUCACAUAUGUCUCCAAAAAGGCAAUCCUGACAGACAUGGGGGUGACAGAGGAGCAAUUCCUUGACAUAGGGAUCCUCGUCGGGUGCGAGCACUGCCAACCGUUUCCGCCCACGUUGCACGAACAGGCGCUUAAGGCGACUUCCGACAUGGUCAAGUACUACAGAUCGGGUCAUGCCGCUGUCGCGGCGCACCAUGAGCACGCGGGCGUCAAGACGACGCAGUACGCAGACCUCUUCGCGCGAACCCGCGCGCUCAUCAAGCAUUCACUCAUCUUCUCCGCUGAGGGUACCGUUCAGCCUAUCUCCCUCGCCGCCCCUUCGCCGCCCAUACAAACGUCCGGCAACUCCACCAACGGCCCAGGCGGCAGCGGGAGCUCGCAGGCGGUCGCACACGCGACGACGGCGGCGGACGUGCCCUCGGACCUGCAUGAGAUCUUCACACACCGGCUACCUGACGAGGUCUUCUUCUACCUCUCGCGUGGCCUGCUCAACCCACAACCCCUCGUAUGGCUCGCGAGUGGACAGAUCAUCGAGCCUCCCCCGCUUGACAACGGCGAGACCAACGAGUACCGCCGGUUCGUGAAAGAGGUCGUGACGGAGGGCCAAACAGGCCCGCGGGCGACCGCGCUCGCUCUGCUGAGCAGCGUCAUGCAUCAUUUCUGGGCGAACAGGCGCGUCGCGGGGGUGUUUUGGUUCGAGAGCGGGCAGCAGCAAGGCCAACAGGGUGGUCCCGGGAACAAGUAUGGGCAGCAUGGACACGUUCACCAGCAGCUGUCGACGGUGCAGCACAACUCAGCGCAGACGGCACAGUUAGCGGAGCGCGUCGCAGGCUGGCAUGUCCCAUACGUGAUCGUGGAGGAGGAGCUGCGGCGACAAAACUGGUCGACGAUCGACUUUGCACUCUGCCUCGGGGCGACCGCUACCGACAAGCAAGCCGCGCGGACGAGGGCGCGGACGACUCAGAGCCAAAAUGGCAGUUCGAACUCUAACGCCAACUCACAACACCCGCAUCAUGCGGCGCCGCCCCUUGAAAAGAAGGACGAGAUCGUUGCGAAUGCGAUCUGGAGGUUCUUGGAGCUACGUGGUUUCCUGCUCAAAACGCACGAGCACUCGCCGCUCGCGCGCGCGAUGCACACGGCGAUCCGGCGCGCGCGGGUGACGGACAAGUUCCAGGACCCGCUCUAUCUCUUCCUCGAGCUCGUCCGCGCGGGCGUCAUGCAUGGCCACCUCUGGUCCGGCCGCGCGUUCAGCGGCGGGCCGAGUUUCGGGACCGACGACGAGAAGGCUUGCAUGCUGCUCGUGAUGCGAACGCUGAGCAUCGUUCCGCUCAAUUUCCAGCCUGUCCCCUGGUCCGCUCCGCUCUCGCGCGAGCUGCUGGUGUUCAACUCGUUCGUGCGCUCGCUGACCCGUGCGCUGCGCACGCUCUUGGAGGUGACGACGCUGAACAUGCUCCUGCGCACCGACGCGCGGCGCGCGCGGGACGACCUGCUCGACAUCACGAUGUCGCUGCCGUUCCAGGGCGAGGUGAACACGGGCUUCGGGGUGCUGGCGAAGGUGUACCUCGACGCGCUGACGCACCUGCACGGGGGGCAGCGGGUGCGCGACGCGGACGGGCCCGGUGUGCGCGACGCGAAGGCGGUGGCGCUGGAGAUCUGCGAGGAGACGUUCCCGGGCGUCAAGGCGCCUAAGAUGGAGGUCGAGCGGGGGUUCCGCUUUUGGGACGUGGCACUGAUGGCGAUGCGGCAGCUGCACGCGGAAGGGUCGGUGCAGGCGGAGCUGAUCGACCAAUUCGAGGCGGCUGAGGCGUGGCUGGGGCCGAUGCGGCCGUGAGUGGCCUAGUGGAGCGAGAAGGGGGAAGGGAAGCGGGCGAGAAAGGACGGGCGAAGGGCGGAGGGGGGAGGGGAGAGGGGGAGGGCGUCGUUUGGGCUGGGAGUCGGGGAUGAGAGGGCCAAGGCGCGGUGGGGGCGGGGACCGGUGUUGUGCGGCGAGGGCCUGGGAGGGGGCGAGCUGUGUGACUGUGUCCGUAUGUAGAUAUCCAUAUCCGUCACGUCUGCCUGUUAUUUC